AUGAACUAAAAAAAUUUUUAUACCAAACACAACAAAAUAGAAUAGAACCAAGAAUUACUUCUAAGUUCUAGAAAUAGAGUUAGAUCAGCGUUUUAGGAUAUUUCGAAUUUGAACUUUUCCUUUAUUAAUGUAUAGGAGAAGGGUGUGAAAUAAUAAAAGGAGGAAUUAAAAAUCUAGAAGGGCAAAAGAAGAAAUGCAUUGAUACCUGUGAGCAUCGGGAGGAUGCUUAUUUAAGUGGAAAAUGCAGAGUUUUAAUAGAUCAAUUAUUUAAUACGGUCUGGAAAAGAGACAGAGAAAGAUAUUCUAUGUUAUUUUGAUAAAUUCCGAUGCGAAAUUUAUUAAUAUGAAUUAAUAAUAGAAUAAUAAUUGAAUAAAUUGAAUAUUGAUUAACAUGAUUUUACAGGAGAGCAGUUGGAGAGGGCUUUAGAUUGGAUGGUUUAUAAGAUGAAAAAAUUUAAAAAAGUUACUACUGAGACAAUUUUCAAAGCGAUCGAAUUGGUUUAUUAGUAUUUAUAAAACACAUUUCAUUUGACAUUUAAAGAAUUGGAAUUAAUAUCAGGUUGUAGUAUUUACAUUUCAUCAAAACUUGUUGAUUUGUAUCCAAUCUACAUUGAUGACUUGUGUUAGGAAGUUUUGCAAUCUAAAUACUAUAACAGCGAUAUCUUAUAACAAGAGAGAAAGAUGUGUUAGAUUUUAAAUUAUAGUUUAUGUUUCACUACAUCAUCAUAAUUAGUGCAUAGAAUAUUAAUGGAUUUAAGAGAUUUAAUAGAAUAAAUCUAUGAUAAAGAAAAAGUAGAAUAUUUGAGAUAGAAAAUUAUUGAUAACUUGUUAUAUAUGGAAAUAGGUUUGGAGUUUAGAUCUAUCUCAAAAUGCAACAAAGCCCUAUCUAGUAUAUUAUUGACUAUGAUUGAGGAGAAUAUUGAAAAUAGAAUAGUAAUUAUUUAAAUAUUAUUUAUUGUGCUAAGCUGUGUUGUUGUGUGUUAAUCAUUUCAAGUUGAACAUAAAUUGGAUUGAGAGACAUAUUGAAGAUUUGAGAACAUUUAUAUUGGCAAACAAACAUUUAAACUUAUUUAAGAAAAUUCCAAUUCAUAAUUAUUGAAUUUUUUUUGCACAAAAUUAUAGAUCAAUUAUUUUAACUUUA